ACUGCGAAAUCAAAGUUGUUGUAAGAGCGCGUGUGUGUGCGCGAGGGGAGAAAAACUGGCCGGUGGAUGAGAAAGGCUCGAGACAGGGACAGCGUAUACUGGAUAUUUUCAUUCACCGUAUAAAUCAUUAUCGGUAAUUCCUGCUUAGAGUCUUAAACCAGAAAUAAGAAGAAUCCUUUCAACGGAAUACCUUAUACCGAUGAAAGAUGACUUGACAGUUAAAAACUAGCUCUACCUCGUCGGACUGUAGCUAUGUUUAAACCUAUGUGUGCAUAGUUUCACACCGUUCCUCUGUUGUCGUGGACUUCAAUUUGUUUCGGUGUUGCUGCUGACGAAACAUUUUCAGAUCCGAGAUGACAGAAAUCAGCGAAAAGGAAAAUGAACCACAAAACCGGGACCUUCGCCGACCACAGGCCACCAUGCCCAGCCAACAUGAAUCAAAGUUACAGCGGUUGAAGCGCACCUUGUCCUUCAAAUCAGUCAUGCGCAGCAAGAGUGUGGAAAACUUUUUCCAGCGCGGUAACGGCGACUCCCGCACUCCCUCAGCCCUCAUCACCACACCUUCACCCCCGCUAUCUCCUCCCCCAAUCGAUGAGUCGCCCCUGGCCUAUGAUCGCUCUCCGUCCCAUUCCCCUUCUACGAGUCCCAACCCUUCAUUGUCAUCACGCUCACCUUCUAGUAGUCCAUCCCUGUCCUUUAGACAAACCGCUAAAACCCAACCAAAGUCUCUGGCCCAGCUGGUGGAGCCGACCCAUUGUUUCCAGGAGCAUGUCUUCCGUAAGUCUACCAGCUGCCAGCGAUGCAAACACAUGAUCCAAGGGAAUUCCAAGCAGGGGCUGCGAUGUAAAGCCUGUAAGAUGGCGGCCCACCUCUGGUGCUCGUCUGAGCUCUCCCAGAAGCCCUGUAAUGGCAAGACAGGAGCUUUCAAGAGAAACUUCAGCUCUCCUCUGUUAACCACUGAUACGCUGGGCGUGGUCAGAGAGGCUCCUGCUGCCCAAGAGGCUGAUAAUGGCAUUGUUGACCCUGUGUAUGAGGCACUGCGCUAUGGGACGUCGCUGGCUCAUAUGAGUCGCUCCAGCUUCAGCAGUAUCUCAGAGUCACCCUGUCAUGAGGCAGAAGAACAGCAAGACAAACGAGAAAACCGGCCAAUAGCUGAAGAGGAGCACAUCCCAGGAAUGCUUACCCCUCCUGAAAGUGAGAAGGCUGAUUCGGAAGACAGGGUCAGCCUGAAGACUCCUAAGAAAGUGGAGAUCCACUCCGUCCACACAUAUGUGGCACUCUACAAGUUUCUGCCUCAGGAGAAGAACGACUUGGAACUACAACCUGGCGACAGAGUUCAAGUCACAGAUGAUUCCAACGAGGAUUGGUGGAAGGGGAAAAGCAGAGACAAGGUGGGAUUAUUCCCAGCCAACUUUGUGCAGCGGGUCCGCCCUGGUGAGCGUGUGUGGAAGGUCAUUGAUGGUUUCCACGGCAACCGAGACAAAGGCCAGAUGACUGUAAAAGAGGCCCAGAUCUGUGUGGGGAAGAAUGAGGAGAUUGACGGUUACCUCCGGCUGAGCAGCGGGAAGAAGAGAGGCUUGGUCCCUGUGACGUAUCUGCUGGAAAUAUGACGACAGUGCACCUCUCCUUGACCCUCAGUUUAACAAAGAAGUUCACUAUGAUGGAGGAAUACUCAGGAGUGUUUACCAGACACCUCACUGACUGACAACCACCCACCUCCACCCCUCCAAUAAGUGGCAGUGAAUUAGAAGCUUGAGUGGACAACGAUCCGCUUUUUACUGCAGAAGCUUUUAUGACUUAAAGGAGGUGAGGGGGGGUCUCCUUCAGAGUUCUUUAGAGCUACUUUUCUUGUAGCACAACUUUACUUUGUGUGGUUUUAAACACACUCACCAACAGAAAUGUAGCAUCAUGUUGAAGAGGAUAGUGUGCAGGAAGUCUGGCUACCUCGCUAGCCCUUUCAAUUGGUCAUCCGUAUGUGAAAAAUGGGAGCGGACUAACUUACUAUGAUGCCAAGGUGUAUCCAAGCCUUGUGAACUGUCUUCAUUUCACUGUGUAGAGAAAACAAGACGUACGAGAUGUGAAAGCUUGUAGAUGUUUAUUGUAGUGGCUUGUGCAAACACUUUUUUUCACCUUUUAGCAGAUUUGGUUCAUUAGAUUUAACUUAAGGUAUGAACCAUGAUGAUUCAGUUUUGUAUGUGCCACAUAUGUGCACACGUCUGCUGUUGAGAUAUGGAUUCAUGAGGUGCAUGUGCCACUCCGACUCCGUCUAGAAAAUGAUUCAGGUAUUAUAUUGUUUGUAUGUGCACAUUUAAAAAAAUGAAGUCUUCUCUGCUACAACUUGGUCAAAUGAAAGUCAUACCACAUACACACAAACACACACACUGGGAUUUUCUGCAUUUCAGACUGUUCUCCAGUGAUUGGAUUACUGUACAUGUGUGCUCUUUGCAGCGCCGAUGUGACAAAUGCUUUGCAUGCACCUUGGGGAGCUGUUUUCCUCUGUACGCCCUUCAAUGGCACUACACACACUAACACAUAUAUUUUUUAAGUUUACUUUGUCCCUUGGAACUCUAAAAUCAGCCACUAGAAUCCGCUUCCUGUAAUUAUAUCGUCAGUGUUGUUUAUCUGUAUGUAAAGUCCUAAAAUAUUAGCUGUCAUAUCCAGUCGUGUACUACAACGUGACGAUGGUGUGCUCUCUUGACUUUCUGAUGCUUUUCUCGCAUGUAGGAAUAGAGCAAAGAAAUAGUAUUAUUCAGGAUGACGGAUAAAA